AAAGUCCUCACUUGGAGAGAGACAACUUAGUAGACAGCUCAGCAUGUUGAAGGAAGUCUGUUUCUUCUUUUUGAAUAAAUAUAUUGAGAGGAAUGAUUCCUCAUCUCUUUGGAUAUUUCCUUGCAGAAACUAAUGCAGCCAGAACCUGGGGCCAAUGGAACAGCUGUUACUGAGUUCGUCCUGCUGGGCUUGGUGGAGACACCAGAGCUGAGGCCAGCUGUCUUUGUUCUCUUUCUCCUUGCCUACCUGGUCACAGUUGGGGGCAACCUCAGCAUCCUGGCAGCCAUCUUGGUGGAACCCAAACUCCACACACCCAUGUACUUCUUCCUGGGGAACCUAUCAGUGCUGGACAUUGGGUGCAUCACUGUCACCGUUCCCUCCAUGUUGGCUCGUCUCUUGUCCCACAAGCACACAGUUCCCAAUGCAGCCUGCCUCACACAGCUUUUCUUUUUCCAUCAGCUGGUUGGGGUGGACUGCUUCCUGUUGACAGCCAUGGCCUAUGACCGAUUCCUGGCCAUCUGCCGGCCCCUCACCUACAGCACCCACAUGGGCCAGACAGUCCAGAGGAUACUGGUGGCUGUGUCCUGGGCUUGUGCCUUCAGCAAUGCACUGACCCACACUGUAGCCAUAUCCACACUCCACUUCUGUGGCCCCAAUGUCAUCAACCACUUCUAUUGUGACCUCCCACAGCUCUUCCAGCUCUCCUGCUCCAGCACCCAACUCAAUGAGCUGCUGCUCUUUGGUGUGGGCUUCAUAAUGGCAGGUACCCCCAUGGCUCUCAUUGUCACCUCCUACGCCCACGUGGCAGCUGCGGUUCUCCGAAUUCGCUCGUCAGAAGGCAGGAGGAAGGCCUUCUCCACAUGUGGCUCCCAUCUCACUGAGGGCGUCGUGUGGAGAAUGUGGCCGCUCUGGCUCAGGGACAUGCACAGACCUCUCAGUGCCACACGCAAAAAAAAUAUGGCGCAGAAGCUAUCCUAUGAGUCUUCUGACGAGGAAGUUAGUUUUAGUAGGGAUGCGAGGGCACCCACGGACGACGCAGCUGACGUGGUCUGGACCAGCGAGCCGGAAGAGCCGGACGAGGAGAGCGAGACGACACUGGGGAGCGACGCGGCGUGA